AUGUCGCGCUUCAGCAUCCCUAUCGACGCUCUGACGUCCAGAAUGAACCUCUCUGGCCGCUUCGACGGGCUGCGCUCAACCUCCGUCUCCUCGCGAUUCGCCAACCUCAAACCCAUCUCCGAGUUCCUCGAUGUCAAGCGCGUCUCCAAGCCUGCCAACUUCAGCGAGGUGCAGAGCAGAGUCAACUACAACUUGGGCUACUUCUCGAGCAACUAUGCCGCCGUCUUCGUCAUGCUGAGCAUCUACAGCCUGCUCACCAACCUGGUGCUGCUCUUCGACAUUUGCUUUGUUUUCGGUGGCAUGUUCGGAAUCGGCAAGCUCCAGGGUAACGAUCUGCAAAUCGGCAGCUGGCGCGCAUCUACCUCUCAGCUCUACACGACGCUCUUUGUCAUUGCCAUUCCUGUUGGCCUGUGGGCUUCUCCCUUCACUACUAUUCUCUGGCUCAUCGGUGCCUCCGGUGUCACCAUCUUGGGCCAUGCCGCAUUCAUGGACAAACCGAUUGAGUCAGCUUUUUCCGAGGAGGCGGUCUAG